UGGAUCUCCUUAUCAAAAAUUGCGUAACGUUGUUACAUUUGCAUCCUUCAAAAAUUGUCUAAAUUUUUUGGCGAAUUUUCACCGAUAGUUUUAGAUUUGUAGCGUAGCUUGUUUGUUCCUCCCCUCCCUCCUCGUUCUGUUUCAGUGAUUAUUAAUGCUGGUGCGUGUUGCGGUUGCUGCAGUGGUGCGAGCGGGCACCCGUAACUGGGCCCGGUGGGCUUCGAGUGGGGCGUCGAGCCCAAGCCUUUCGAUAUGGCGGCGGAAGAAGGAGAUGGGGAAGGAAGGGCUGGUGGUGGCCAAAGAGCUGAAGAGGUUCCGGUCGGACCCGGUCCGGCUAGACCGCUUCAUCCGGUCCAGCGUCUCCCGCUUGCUCAAGUCCGACCUCGUCGCCGUCCUGGCCGAGUUCCAGAGACAGAAUCAAUUCUUCCUCUGCGUCAAGUUGUAUGAUAUAGUCCGGAAAGAAAUAUGGUACCGGCCAGACAUGUUUUUUUAUAGGGACAUGCUUAUGAUGCUUGCACGAAACAAAAGGGUAGAAGAAGCUAAAAAGGUUUGGGGUGAUUUGAGAACAGAGGAAGUUUUAUUUGAUCAGCAUACAUUCGGAGAUAUUAUCAGAGCUUUUCUAGAUAACGGGUUGCCCUCAGAGGCAAUGGACAUAUAUGAAGAAAUGAGACAGUCUCCUGAACCUCCUCUUUCAUUGCCUUUUCGCGUGAUAUUAAAAGGGCUCAUUCCCUAUCCAGAAUUACGUGAGAAAGUAAAAGAUGACUUCUUAGAGAUUUUCCCAGGUAUGAUCAUCUACGACCCUCCAGAGGAUUUGUUCGAAGAUAAUAAACAGCACAAUGAUAGAGAUAACUAGAAUAGAAUUGCUUAAUUCCCUGGACUCCUACACAACUAUAUGUGCUUUAACACAUUCAAUUCAUGUGGAGAUCAAGGUGUUUGCAGCCUAUUUUGUAUGCUGAACCUGCCUGGUGCCAUGCAAUGUUGAGACCACAGCUGUUGUAUAUAUAAUAAUUUCAAAGUGCUUCUCUUUUGAUCUAAGCUGAGUUUUCCCUAAUUUAGAUUUUUUCUAAGCUUUGAGUUUUUCCUAAUUUAGAUUUUUUUUAAGAUUAAUUUACAUCUUAGCCUAAACAGUGUAAACGAAUGUUCAUGAUACAUAUGGAGGUAGUUGUUCGAUGGAAAAUACACAAGUACUCAGAUUUUUUUUUUC